CUGCCUCAGCCUCAGCCUCAGCCUCACUCACUAGAGAGGCGAGGAGAAGAGCCUUCUUCCUCUCUCUGCUCUCGCCACGCCAUGCCACUUUCUCUCGCUUCCCCGCCCAUCUGUGCAGACGGCAGCUCCAGCAAAGUUGGCCUCAAACUUGAACGGAGCUGAAGCCUCCAGCUUCCUGGGAGCUUCUCACAGCAGCAGCAGCAGCAGCAGCAGCAACAGCAGUAACAACUGCAGCAGCAGCAGCAGACUCCAGCUGUGAACUCUGCUAGCCUUGAGAAGCUCUUCUGAGUCUUCCAGCACCCAGCUGGCCCCCAGGCCCCUGCAAAAACACAUCCACCCUUGUCCCCGGAGGUUUGACAUCUGAGCUGGGGAAUGGUGUGCUGAGGACCCUCCGGAGCACACUGUGCCUAUCUGGACCCGAAGAAACCCAAGGCCCACGCCAACAUGGCCAACCCAGGGCAGCCUCAGUUUCAAGAGCCAGGCUCCAUCUCACCCCUGGAGCUGCCCGAGAUGGAGAAGCUUCUCACCAAAGUGGAAAACAAGGAUGACAAAGCUCUGGGUCUGUCCAAGUCUCUGUCGGGGGCUCUGGACCUGGAGCAGAAUGGCCACAGCCUGCCCUUCAAGGUCAUCUCCGAGGUACACCGCCAGCCCUCCCUCCCCGGCUCCCCUUCCCGGGCCAGCUCUCGGAGAGCGUCCUCUGUUGUCACCACCUCCUAUGCCCAGGACCAAGAAGCUCCCAAAGAUUACCUGAUCCUUGCCAUCGCCUCCUGCUUCUGUCCCGUCUGGCCCCUCAACCUCAUCCCCCUCAUCUUUUCUAUCAUGUCUCGAAGCAGCGUGCAGCAGGGGGACAUGGACGGGGCGCGGAGGCUGGGCCGCCUGGCACGACUGCUCAGCAUCACCUUCAUCAUCCUGGGCAUCGUCAUCAUCAUCGUGGCUGUCACUGUUAACUUCACAGUUCCGAAGUAACCGCAGAGCUGCUUCUAGCGGAGGCAGAUGCCAGCCAGCUGGAGAGCUUCGAACCCACACAUCCCCACACAUUACAGAGGACAGGAUGGUCUGCCAAGUCCCCACCUGUUCCCAAGUUCCAAAAGCACAAACUUGGAGGGAAACCUCUAUAGCAUGGCAGAUGGGAAGGAAAAUCUGGAAUGAAGUUGGCCGUGAAUCCAAUGAAUAAUCUCAUAGACACAUCACUCGCCUUUUGACCUCAGUUCUCAGGCUUGUUUCUUAUCCCCACAAUUCCUGGGACUUACACACAGCAUAAACUGCCAGAAUGGGAAGAAAACCAGCCCCACAGCCAAGAAAGAAGCACCACACACCCUGGGUGUCUGUGAACAUGAGCACAGUCUGGGCCGCUGUCUUUUCUACUUUUCUUGAUAGGGAGCAAACAGACGCCUUGCAUGCUUUGCGUGGAGCAUCCACGGUGAUCCUAGCCUGAGUCCAAAGGAGAAGGUGUCACUCAGCAUGGGCCCUGAAUACGCACCGGCAAAGAGACAAGAGCCAUGUGGAAAUCUUCCACUGAAGAUUGGGUAGGGGUAGCACGACACACCGGGCCCUCUUACUGAACUUCAACCUCAAGACUUCUCUACCAAGGACUCUGCUUCCAGAGCACCUUC